CCAAAAUUUCCGAACAUAUUCUCGGAUGGAGAGGUGGUUUCUCUUUCGCUCGCUAACAUGUUAAAGUGCAACUGGAUUACGGUAACGAUCGUCCUUCUAGCAUGCGUUCCUAUCAACAGCUCUGAGCCAUGGCGUCACCCGCCGAGACAUCUGGACAAGAUUUUCCGCCACCACUACAACCUCGUUCAGCACAAUUGGGCAAACCCUGCACAGCGGAGACAGUCAGCGCCGCACGUGCCUACGGAUCCAGCGGGCCGUCCUUUUGGCUGGCCUCACUGGCUGAAUCAGUGGGUGGAUCACGCUAACCACCCUCGCCCCGCAGACAGAGAUCGUCGAUUGGACGCGGAUCAUUGGACCAAGCAAACCAGAAGUAGCGGAGACUUUUUCAGUGAAAGACUAGACGACCCCAAUUUCGUUCCCGACUCCAACCAGAGCCUUCGUCUCUAUGGUGGCAAGCUUCUCCACGAAGGUUUUCUCGAAACCAAAAUCUCAGGGAGAUGGGUCUCUGUGUGCGGCCGCGAGUGGAACCCCAGGAUCUCUACACUAGCAUGUCGGCAAAUGGGAUAUGUAAGGGGCGGAGUGUAUUCCCACAAGAAGCAGCUGGGCCCGAUGCCGUCGUCGUCCGUUGAACUCGAGUGUCCCAAAAACGCCGACAGCCUGUCCGGUUGCGGUGUCCGCAGCGUCCCCUGCGCAGGCACGAGGCGAGUGCGCUUGUACUGCCUCCGAGACUACGUUUCCGGAUGCAGCCCUGGGGAGCACCCUUUCAUGGGGAAAUGUCACCUGGUGGUAACGACUCCGCCGAUGUCCCACGAAGGGGCCCAGAGGUUCUGCGCGUCCAGGGGUUCGACUUUAAUGGUCGUCGACAACCAAGUCAUGAACGAUUUUGUCUCCGAACUGCUCUCAACCCUGCACAAAGGUAUCGACGGCUGGCACACGGAUGGCUCAGCUACGGGCGGCCACUGGCGGUGGGAGGCAUCGGGCGCCUCCUGGGGCGGAUACCUCAAGUGGCACCCCGCCGUCAGGCUCCGCGUCCUGCCGGAGUGUUUGGCGCUGCGCAGGAGGUUCCGCAGCGGGUCUCGCUCGCCGCUCUCGCUGGACCACCAAUACAUGUGGUGGACCAACGUCCACUGCGACCUCCGGCUGCCCUUCGUGUGCCAGAGGGACGCCGACAGUAUCGGCUGUCUGCGAACCGGCAUCCCGUAUUCUGGACCGGCGAACGUGACGGAAAAUGGAAACGCCUGCUUGUUUUGGGCUGACGUCGAAAUCGCACCCAUGGUGAUGGCAGACUCGCCACAAGAUUAUCCGGAGCUACAGGGCCACAACUUUUGCCGUAGCCCGGACGGAGACAGCCGACCGUGGUGCUACGUUACGGCAUACGACUACGAGUACUGCGAUAUCCCGCACUGCCCCGCACACAUUGAACAACGUAACUCUCUCGUUACUGACAGCUGCUUCGACAACGAGUUUCGGUGCAGCCCCCAUCAGUGUAUACGCAAGGAGUGGGUCUGUGACGACGAGCCCGACUGCAAAAAUGAACGAGACGAACAAAACUGCGAUUUGCAGCUGGAGCAGUUUGAGAAGAGUGCCAUGACAAGACUGAGGCGUUACGAAGCUGCGAGGUACUAUUCCGUCAGCCUUACCAAGUGUGCAGCCAAAUGCGUCAACACGGCAGCCUUCUUGUGCCGUUCCUUCAGCUACACCUCUUCGGGCGGCCUCUGUAUCCUCAGCGAACACAACGUGGCCCUCACGGGAGCGCUGGUCCCAGAUCCGCGCUUCGACUACUACGAAAACAUCGAGCGUCAAUUGAACUGCUCCCGGCUGUUUCGGUGCCGCAACGGAAAGUGCAUCGACAGACAGCAUCUCUGCGAUGUCGCCAACGACUGUGGGGACGGUUCGGACGAGGCCAACUGUCUGGUCAAGAUGGACUUCCAAGUGCGCCUGCGUGGAGGAGCGUCCGAGUUGGCGGCAGCCUCCGAAGGCAGGGUGGAAGUUCAAGUGCACGGCCAGUGGGGACUGGUGUGCGACGACCACUGGGACAUCGACGCCGCCAACGUCGUCUGCAGGGAGCUGGGCUUCCCGCUAGGAGCCUUCGAGGCCACCCUGCGCUCUCAGCACGGGGCCGGAGCGGACGGGGAGUCCCUGCCCAUCUUCAUGGACGACGUCCAGUGCGUGGGCAACGAGACCUCGCUUUCCCAGUGCGGCUUUCCGGGCUGGAAGAAGCACAACUGCUUCAGCAACCAGACCGCCGGAGUUCGCUGCAGGACCAAAGACUGCGAAGCCCAAGGGUUCGAGUGUUUGGGGACGUGCAUCCCCUUCUACCUGCUGUGCAACGACCAGCCAGACUGCGCAGACGGGUCGGACGAGCGACUCGACUGCAAUGCGCGGCUGGACGUCCGCCUGGUCGGGGGACCCCACCCGCUUUCCGGAAGGCUGGAGAUAAGAAGACACGGACUCUGGGGAACUGUCUGCGACGACGACUUCGGACAUGCGGAAGCCAUGGUGGCCUGCGCCAUGAUGGGCUUCGAAGGGGGAAACGCCACCCUGCACACUAGCCCGCACAAAGCUGGCAAGGGUCCCAUCUGGCUGGACAACCUUCGGUGCAGCGGCACGGAACGCUCCUUGGACGACUGUCGCACCCAGCCAUGGGGACAGUCAGACUGUGAUCACAGCGAGGACGUGGCCAUGACGUGCAUCCCGGGACAGAGUGCAACACUACCCGCCACCAUCGCGGCCUUGACAACGACAUGCGGAAGCCCGAAGUACCAGCCACAGAUGGAUCAAGGGUCUCUAAACUACCAUCAUCGCUUCACCAGACACAUGUGGCAACAACCAACUUACGCUCGAGACUGGUUUCCGGGACCGGAGCCUCGACGGCGCCCCAUCUCGGGGCGCAUCGUGGACGGCGUGCCCGCGCACUACGGCGCCCAUCCGUGGCUUGUGGACAUCCGGCUUCGAACCGACUCUGGCCGCACCAUGCACUGGUGUGCCGGGGCCGUCCUGUCCCCGAACCUGGUGCUCAGCGCCGCACACUGCUUCAAGCACUCCCCGAACGCGUCCGAGCUGGUCGUCCGCAUCGGGGAGCACCGGAUGGAAACACGCGACAUCUACGAGGUGGAUUUCGACGUCGAGACAUUCAAGGUGCACCAGGGAUUCGACGCAGACACUUUCUUCAAUGACAUCAGCCUGCUGAAGCUUCGACCUAUCCGCAAUCACGGCAUCUUGUUCAACGACCACGUGAUGCCCGUGUGCCUCCCCACCAAAGAGGACGUCUACGCCCCCGGAACCUCCUGCGUCAUCGCCGGAUGGGGAAAGACCAUCAUCAACGUCCACCAACUGCAAUCGUCUGUGCUGCAGACGGCAGCGGUGCCCCUGUACGAGCCUGGCCAGUGCGAGCAGCCCUGGGUGUACGGCUACAGGAUAAAGCGUGGCAUGUUCUGCGCUGGGCACGUAGACGGCGGCAUGGACGCCUGUCACGGAGACAGCGGAGGACCUCUCGUCUGUCGCUCCAUCACAGGCAACUUUGCAGUCUUCGGCAUAAUCAGCUGGGGUGAAGAAUGUGGCCUCCCCAACAGACCUGGUGUCUACGUCAAGGUACAAGAGUACCUCGACUGGAUUGCCAACACGGAAGUGGAACUCCUGAGCCAGUAUUAAAAUACUGCAUAAAACAAAA